CAGUGUCUAAGUCAGUAUUCAGUCUCACAUUUUCAAUCUUAAUAGAAGCAAAUCUUAUCAUAAAAAAAAAAAACACAAUGUCUUUCAAAACCUUAAUCUUCUUCGGUCUUUUGGCUGUAACUCUAGGAUUUACUCUUCCUGAAGAAAAUACUGCCAGCCUUAUUGAUUCAGAAUGGGUCUAUGGAGAUGUAGUUCCAGUGGCUGAUGAUCUUGUUCUUGUGAGAAAAGCUCGAUCACCUCAGGGAUCCGUGACUGGUACCUUCGAACACAGUCGUCGAGAUGGCUCAAGUGCAAAUGUUGACUACAAUCAUCAAGUGACCAAAAAUUUGGAAUUGUACGGAGGAGCUGGAAGGAAUUUCCGAUACAACGACAACAAUGCUCAUGCUGGCUUGAGAUAUCGAUUUUAAUUUGAAG